AUGAAGGCCUAUUGGUAUGACAACAAGCCCGGUGACCAGCGCGAGCCGCACGACUCCGGCCGCGCCGUCUCGGAAGAGAAGCUCGCGUCGCUUGGUGUCCUUUACCACCACUGCCCGACCAUUGACUCCGUUGAUGCCAUUGCAAAGGACCGCGGCUACAAGAACCGAGACCAGAUCUGCGUCUCCCCGCAGGCUAUGGGCGAUGUCUACGAGGACAAGGUGAAGAUGUUCUUCGCAGAGCACCUGCACGAGGACGAGGAGAUCCGCUAUAUCCUCGAUGGUGAGGGCUACUUCGAUGUCCGGGGCCAGGAGGACGAGUGGAUCCGCAUUGAUCUCGUUAAGGAUGAUAUGAUUAUCUUGCCCGCUGGCAUCUACCACCGCUUCACCACCGAUGAGCAGAACUACGUCAAGGCUAUGCGCCUCUUCCAGGAUGAGCCCAAGUGGACGCCGCUCAACCGUGGCGCUGAGCUUGAUGCGAACCCGCACCGCAAGAACUACGUGGAGGCUGUCUUGAAGCCCACCACUGCUGUGAACUAG